AUGAGUGUCGAGCAGCUCGCUACCCUCCAUGCCAGCACCUGGGGGGGUACAAGUGAAACAAUUUCGAUCAAAGAUGCAAUCUUGGGUUUGUUGGUGCCUGAUGAAUGGGAUAAACGUUUUGCUCUAGAUGCGAGACCUCCGCUUCCUGAGUCUAUGGAGGAUCGGGAGCGUAUGGCGGCGACAUUCACAGGAGAGCCUGGCUUUCUUGACUGGCAGGUAACUCAGUCUGCAUCAGCCAUGCAUAAUGUUACUUACUUCAUCGGCGGCGCACUGCCGUAUCAGGAUCGCCGCGCUCAUGAGAACGACCUCCUGCAGUCUUACCUCGGCGCCCUGAAGCACGGGGCUGGUCCGGAACUUGAGAUCGAGGAUGUUUAG